CAGCAUAUUUUAUCUCUGACAUCCCUGUUGCUUUUUCUCAUUUGUCUCCUGAUGUUUAAUCCACUCUGGUUGUUCUGCCAUUCCACAGGGUUUUGCACGCCUUUCCAUUGAUCUAACUGGUUGUACAUUUUUCUCCUAUUGAGGCACAGCAGCUUGGUAUCGGUUUCAUAAAGCCCUAAUGAGGAGUCAUUAUCAAGUGCCCUCCCGUUCCAAGUCCAUACUCCAGGUUGCAAGGAAAAUAAUCCAUCCCUUCCUUCUAAAGCAGUAGCAACAAAGGUGCAAGGAACACACUGUGACACACAAGGCUUCCAGACUGAAGAAAAGAAAACGACAAUGAACUUGUUUUUCUACUGGACCGUGUUUGUAGGAGCUGUCUUCACUCCCUGUUCUCGUGGCCAAGGCCUUGUGAAGGAAACAACCAAUGGCUCAACGGCUUUGCAACCCUGGCUGGUGGGAUUAACCGCUGUUACGGUCUUCUUGUUUGUGAUGUUCGUGGCAAACCUCAUCCAUCGGAUAUUUUUCUCCCAAAAAAAGGAUGACAAGGAUGAGAUGGAGAACAUAGAGACCAAACACAGCACUGAGCAAAAUGUCUACGAAAACAAAGCAAUGGACCCAGAAGAGGGGGAUUUGGAAACCAAUAUGUAGGGGAUCAUAACAGCAUGUAAAAGGUCUCCAAGGGGAAAGAGGACCAGCCGCCAUUACAAAAUGAAUAGAAUAGAAUAGAAUA